AUGCCCGAGUAUCCCGGCUUCGGUCUACGGCUACGGCAUCAUCCCCAAGAGUUUGGCGACAUCUAUCCGACCGGCCAUCAUGAACAGUGUCUUAUUGAGAAGCCGCCCCCUCUGCACGUCCGAGAGGUGGCCAUGAUGCAUGUCAUGGACAGGCUCACGGAUAAGCCCGAUUGGGACAAGAAAGUCUUCAAUGACGAGAUUGUCGCUCGUUGGCGCGCAGAAGCCAUCGCCUACCCGGAUGAUGUCCUGUGGAAGCUAGCCGCGACUCAUGCGUCUAGUUCGAGAAACCAAUUUAAAGGCAUUAUGACUGAGAGAAUGUUCGACUACUGCAUCGAAGAACUUCGAGGCAAAGCCAAGUACUUUGCUGAUACUGGCAUUGUCCCUACGCUGGACUCCAGCAUCGCGACCGCUGCUAAAUCGGACAAACUCGUCCAGCCUGACUUGAGGGAAAUGCUUCACCAAGGUUUUGACAGAUUAAAGAAGGAUCAAUCAAAUACUCCAGACUGGCACCCGGGAACUGAUGGAAAGGUCUUGAACCUUGUCCAUCCAUCCAUGUAUCCGCUUGUGUAUAAGUCGACCAAAGUGUUCCGGGAUGAGGUCGUCGGCGUUGCCGAUGCUAUUGACAGAUGGGCAGGGAAAGGCACCAUCAUCUGCAAUGAUGAAGCGGGGAGCGAGGCUCCGGAUUUUGCGUCUUCUGAAUGCUGGUCAGAGAACUACCAAUGGCUUCCAUCCAACCUGGCUCUGCAUGAUGACGGCUCUGUGAAGUUUACAAGCUACAUUAAUAACCUACACCCUACCAAAUAUCCCGAGAUCUAUUCUGCUAUUGAGCACCUUGUCACGAAGGCAUUGCCCAUGUGGGAUCAGUGUCUUUGGACCCAGCUAGACUACGAAGGGAGCACCCACCCAGGCCGACUUACUCCUCGUUUCUCCCUUCCUACUUACCCGUCAGAUGAUAAUGAGGAGCUUUGGAUCCCUCCGUCGUGGGUAGCUCUGAUGCCAACCGCGCCCAAUCUGGACGACAACACCAAGACUGAAGAGGAACGCCAAGAAGCCGAAUGGGCUCUGGAAGACGAGUUGCAGGAAACGUGGCGGGAGACCCGCCAGCCAGUGAUACCGGAGCCCAAUCCUUUCGAGGAGGUUGAAUACUCUCCCCACAGCCGUCUUUUCGAGAACUUCAAAGACACUGGGCUUCAGAUUAUCGUUAAGAUGGUCUCUAUCGAGCUGACGCCGGAAAACCCCACUUACCCUCACGGUUCCUGGCACGUCGAAGGGCAGAUAAACGAGCAUAUAUGUGGCACUGCUCUUUAUUAUCUCGACACUGAGAACGUUACCACGAGCAACCUCUCCUUCCGGAUGCAAACCGAUGAUUUCUUACAUGACAAAGAACCAUGGACAAACCUCGGCCAAGACCAGUACCAUUGGCUAGAAUUGGUACAUGGGACUAAUAUGGGGCCGUCUUGGGGGGCCUGUGUUCAAAAUUUUGGGAACAUCGAGACCCUCCAGGGCCGUCUCCUUGCAUUUCCUAACAGCCUUCAACACGCUGUAUCACCGUUUGAGCUAGUCGAUAAAACGAAACCGGGCCAUCGUCGCUUCAUCGCCUUGUGGCUAGUUGACCCGAAUAUACGCGUUAUCUCCACGGCCAACGUCCCGCCACAACAGCAAGACUGGUGGAUAGAGUCAGCGUUUGGACGAACUCCAGAGUCGCAACAAGCAGCACUCGCCAAGCUCCCGGCAGAGCUCGUGCAGCUGAUGGAAGAAAAGGGGUCAAUCGGAAAGACGCAGCUAGCCAAUAUGCAAGGGAGACUUCCCGUCGAGCUUUUGGACAUAGUGCGUAGGUAUUUCGAUGAGUCAUCGCUGCUGAUGAGCACCGAAGAUGCAAGGGCUCAUCGGCUGAAGCUCAUGGAGGAACGCACGGCUUUUGUGGAUUCGGCAAAUAACCAAUUGAUCCACUGUUCUUAUAAUUUCUGUGAGCACUAG